AUGGGUACCAUGACCACAGAGGAUCUCCGCAUAGCACUCCAAAUAAAGGAGGCAGAGACCCGAAACAAACAGCUAGAGGUACAAGCAAAGGAGGCCGAGACCCGAAACAAACAGCUAGAGGUACAAGCCUUGCAUCUACGCUUAAGGGUUCUCGAGCUGGAAAAAGGAGCCUUUGUAGCCUCUACCCCAGUGCCUCCUGUUGACCGCAGCUCUGUUUCUGCUCCCGCUUUUGACAUAAGUAAGCACAUUGCUUUAGUCCCUCCGUUUCGUGAGUCCGAGGUGGACUCGUAUUUUAGCGCUUUCGAGCGGAUAGCUGCUGCCCUGAGUUGGCCUAAAGAGUUCUGGUCCCUUCUCCUCCAGUGUAAAUUAGUGGGGAAAGCUCAAGAAGUCUGUGCCAGUCUGUCUAUCGAGGAUAGUCUUGAUUAUAAAAUCUUGAAAAAGACUGUGUUGCAGGCCUACGAGCUGGUCCCUGAAGCCUAUCGGCAAAAAUUUAGAAAUAGUGAGAAAACUUCCAACCAGACCUAUGUUGAAUUUGUGCGUGACAAGAGCGUUCUGUUUGAUAAAUGGUGCCACGCGUGUAAUAUUAAAACUAUGGCGGAAAUGAGAGAGCUCAUUUUGCUCGAGGAAUUUAAAAAGUGUUUGCCGGAGCGAAUUGUCGUAUAUUUGAAUGAGCAAAAGGAGUCAUCGGUAACGAAAGCAGCUGUGCUCGCCGAUGAGUUCAUUUUGACUCAUAAAAGCGUUUUUUCUUUGCCAACCCCUCGUGUUUUACAUCCAAUGUCUGAGCGCAGAAACCGAUCGCCAAAGCUGAUGCGUAAAAGCACCUCACCAGCUGCGGGUGAGAGCCGCGAGUGUUUUUAUUGCCACGAGCCAGGCCAUUUGAUCGCUGCAUGUCCGACUCUUAGAAAAAAAGGACAACACAAAAACGGUAAACCUCCUGCAGGUGUGGGUUUCAUUAACACCGUGUCCCCGCCUGUAACACUCCCGGAGUCUUUACCUGAAGCCGAGGUAAAUGUGGAGGUUGACCCUCGUUUCAAACCGUUCGUUUCGCAAGGAUUUGUUUCUGUAACUGGCGAGGAAGCGGAUAAAGUACCGGUAACUAUUCUCCGAGAUACAGCCGCCUAUCAUUCAUUCAUUCUGGCUAGUGUUCUGCCACUCUCAAAUGAAACUUCAUGUUUCUCUGAUUUGUUAGUGUGGGGAAUUAAAAUGAGCGAACUUAACGCCCCACUUCACAUGAUUCACUUGCAUUCACCGCUCGCGUCGGGGCGUGUGAAAGUUGCCGUGCUCCCACGGUUUCCGAUUAGUGGCAUUUCGUUUAUUUUGGGUAACGAUCUGGCCGGAGGAAAUGUGUUUCCUCUGCCAGAGGUCGUUAACGAUCCCAUUUCGGUUGCGUCUGCCUGCUGCCCCACCUCUGUUUCUUCUGCUGUGUCUGUGCCAAAUGUGUUUCCUGUGUGCGCAGUUACGCGCGCACAGGCUCGUAAAUGGGGUAAAGCUGGGGAUUUAUGUAAUUCGUUUAUGGCUACGUUAGAUGAGGGUGAGCCCUCCUUUUCAGUGUCCCCCGCUACUGAGUGUGAAAAUGUAUCAAAUUGUGUCUCUGAGCCUGAUGUGUUUCCUGCUGACGCAGACUUGAGUUUAAACGUGACCCGAGAGAUGUUGAUAAAUGCUCAGAGAAAUGAUCCGUCUCUAAAUUUGUGUCUGUCCUCUGUUGUAGCCGCCGAGGACGACAGCCAGACUUGUGUGUUUUUCGUGGACAACGGUGUCUUGAUGAGACGGUGGAGUCCCGACUCCAGGGAGAUACCCGUUGUUAAUCAGGUGGUUGUGCCAACAGACUAUCAAGCGCAAAUUUUGAGUCUGGCACAUGACUCCAGCUUAGCUGGCCACCUCGGUGUUAAAAAGACAUAUCAUCGUGUGUUGCGCAAUUUCUUUUGGCCUGGGUUAAAAUCCAUGAUGCUCAAAUACUGCCUUGAGUCCUACAGAGAGUGGGAUGAGGGUCUCGUUCUUCUGUUAUUUGCCGUGCGUGAAACUCCUCAUAGAAAAUGUAAUAGCAGACGCUUUGUCGCGGUGUUCCUCAGAUCCGUAGAAAUUAAACAUUUAGGGGGAUGUUUAAUUCUUGGGUGUGGGGGUGUUAUGACUGGGGUCAUAAUUGGUUGAGUGUCUGCUGGGUGUGUGUGCUCUGUGUUUUCUCUGUGUCAAUCUUGUAUGCAAAUAGGUGUGUGCCACAGCAACGCGGUCAUUGGUGGGAUGGACUACGCCCUGUAUGGUGAUUGGCCGAGACCAGCUAUAUCAAGAACCAAGAUGGCAGCCGCCAUGUGCAGAGGCCAGGCGUUCCUCAUCCUCCUCCUCUCCCAUCCGGCCACCCUAUUUUGCAGCUUAAAGACUAUGGUGUAUUGUGUUCUGUUUUCCUUCAGUAGUAGGGGUGGACUGCCAGUUUUGUUAACAUUAUUUUCUCCUGUAUAUUUUAGUUAGGGAGGUAAGUCUUUGUCAUUUGUUUCCUUUGUUUUGGUUAGGUUAGCAUUACUCUACAGACAGGAUCGUUUUGGUUGUUGUUUUGGCCUUGGUCCACCCUGAAGUCUAGUCAUCCAGCCUUAGUUCCUUUGUCUAUCUUUUGUUAUUUCCUGAAUUAUGUAAAUAAAUCUGUGUUUUAAAAUUGAGCUGAAAUCUCGGUUGUUGUGGCUACUUGGGACUUGGGGAUGAUGAGGCCUUCUCAUGUUGUGCCCUAGGCACCCCUAGACUGGGGCGUAACAGUCUCCAUGUAAAUCAACUACAUGUUGCUCUUAAAGUAGCUACUUAUUAUCGCUUAUCUCUUCCUCAUGUCCAUCUCUAAGUACUGAUGUGUCAAACCACAACAAGAGCUUUAGAUCACAUUUGUUCCCUCUCUUCUGUCCAUGUUGGAGCCCUGCUCACGGUUUUGGAGCGCUCCCGAUGAAAAGACAGAAUUUGCAGUCAUUUUUUGUUAAUUCAUCUAAACAUCUAAGGGCCUCAGUAGUUCAAUCUUUUUAUUUGCAGCUCAUUCUGUUUUCUCUGCACCUGUUUCUAAAUUUCCAUAACAUCUGAAUCUGCAGCAUAUCUCCCAAAAGAAAUGGUUUAGGCCACUGUAGUGUGUUUACCCUAGUCAGGCACCUUGAAUCACGGCAUGGCCUGGUGUCUUCUACCCUUCAGGUGCAGCUCUUUUAUGCCUCUGCUCCCUCUUGCAGCUCUAUCUACCUGUAACAGUCCGUUUGGGAAAACAAAAACAAGCGUACACUCCACAGGUACACCCACACACUUGUAUUUAGUGUCACAGGGUUUUCAUUAUUUUUUUUCUGGAUACCUUAGUGUGACUCUUGGCUCCUGACCAGUGUUACCUACAGAGCAGUUCAUUUGAAGUACAGCAGGAAGUGAGAAUGAUAGCAUGACACAGGGGACGUCUGCCACAGCUACUGACUCUAUAUGUUCCCUGAUAGAAAAUAAAGAGAGAAAAAGGAGGGCAGAGGCACAGAGAGAACAAAGUCAGAAAGCAGAGAAGUCAGGCAGGAAAGAAAGGAGUGAGCUUUAAUUGAGCUUGACUUGUUUACCUUAUGAGUAUUGGAACUUUUAACUGGAUGGAAGCAGCCUUGUUCAUUUGUAUUGAGCCCGUCUGGCAUUGCAUUGUGGGCACCAACUAAAGACUAUGCCAAGAACCUGCUUAAACACGGUUUCUUUCUCUGAUUUGAUAAAAUACCAUGAAACGAUUACGUGACAUGUUAAGCACACAAUAUCACAUUACUGCUGUUGCAAUUGUUUUGGGGGAAAUGUUUUAUGUUUCAUCUGAGUAUAAUUUUUCACAUUUUUACAUUGAUUAGGAGUCUCAAAGGACUUUUUACUCUGGUUUCUUUUUUUCCCUUCUCUUCUACUCUGAAGUCUUUCUGCAUUAUCAGUGCAUUCAAAGUGCUUAUCUUUUUGUCCUUUUAUGACUCACAAGACAGCACAGCCUUACUUGUUAUUGCUAAAUUGAGACAGAGUGACGUUGACCACGCAGCCUUUGAGUGCAACAUUUCAUUUCCUUAUCAAACAAUUCACCGGACACUAUUAUAUGGCCCUACAAGCAGGAGUAGUAUACUUCAAAAGACAAGCGUUGACCAGACAGGAACUUUAAGACCAACUUUGAAGAAAAUCAUGCUUUUCUUGUUGUCUUUAUGUUCAUAUGGAAUUUUUCUGAUGCUACAGGACAUAUCAUGAGAAAACUAAGAGCAAAAUUGCAUUUCUGAGUAUUUCUGCAUUCAAAUUGUUGUGAACCUCUCAUCGACCCAAACAACAGGUUCAGACACAGUGAGAUUUCCUACAUCACAAGUCCAAGCUCCGUCCCCGGCACCCCCUCUGCAGGCCAGACCCCAAGAAGUAGAAAGGACAAAUGUGGAACCAGCAUAUGCUUUAGUGGUUUGCAAUGCUAAAUAUAAUAUUAGUUUUGAUCGUGCCCCCAAAGACAUUUGAGUCUGAGAGCUGAAUAGCUCCUAUAUUACUUGCCAUUUCUACUACACCAGCAAUGUUAGGCUGCAAGCUAGUAUAAAGAGAUAUGUGUAGAGCAGCGCUGUCCCUGCCCACGACUCAGAGGUGAAUUGCUAAUCAGCUACUAGAGCUCCGCAGAGGAAAAGCCCUUGAAAAUGACACAGGUAACGUGAUUUUGGCGGAAAAACUUCAUAAUCACAAUUUAUAGACCACUGAGAACACUAAAAAUAGUAAAACAAAUCAUCAACAACAACUAUUGGAGUGGGACUUGAAACAACCUAAACUCAAGACAGGAAGAUUAAAAAAUUAAAGCAGGACGAUUGUUCAAGGGCUUGUAAUGUUGAAUAGUCAUGGUUUGACCAAUAUGCCAAUACAAAAUGCAGCAAAAAGUAGGUUGCCAUGUUGUAGCAUUUUACCCAGAAGAUGGCGCCACAUUCAAGCUUUGUCAUAUGCUGCGUCCGAACUGCCCGCUCGGAUACUACAUGCUACUGCUACGUGCUACUGCUAGAUCCUACUCCUACAUACUAAAAACGUUGGCCCAAUUCGGACACACUAGACGAGCGGUGGGGAAAGACGACCCCCGCAGGCAGAGAGUAGGUACUGCGCCCGUGCAGACAGUGGUAACUGAAGCUCCUCAUCUGCGGGCCUGGCUGUAGUACUGCAGCUGUGCAGUUUAAUGAUGGAAUAAGUGAGCUUUACCUCCAUGAUGUCGCCACAUAUUUGCUCAUAAAAUGAUUACUUGGGCAAAUAUGACACCAUGACAUGACAAAGAGAUACAACCGCACAUUUUUUAGGACAGUGUGUGACGUUACAUGAAACUUACAUCUGUACUGCUGCGGUCCCGCCUGCUGCUGCUGCUGCUCCGACAUGGUGCGCGCUGCUGUGUCCAGCCGGCGUUCGCGACACUUUUAAAUAGGCAGAGCAGCUGGUGGCGCUAGCAUCACAUGCGCUUCUACAACUUUUAAGAGGACGAAGAAGAAGCCCGUGGUGCAUUUUGGGUCAGUAGCAUGCCCGUAGGAUGCACCGAGACCAACCUACAAUGUGGGCGUGUCUAGCAUCUGAAGUAGUAUCUGAAGUAGCAUGCUACUCGCUCCGGUGGCCAAUUCGGACAUGCUAGAUACUACUUCGACUACUACUUUGACUACUACUUGGCAAUUCGGACGCAGCUAUAGACAUGGGCUGUGACGUGAUCACCAGUGCAGCUGCAUUACUUUUGACAUUUGACAUUAAUGCAAGCUGAAUUUUACAAUUGUACAAUGGUGCAAUAAGUGCUACACAGCUGCUUGAAAACUGGUUGUAGACUUUGCUCAACAUAAUGAAAAAAGUGACAUGGGAAGACAAAUGCCAGCGUCAUUGAUUUGUUACUGCACUCAACGAAGCCAUCAUACAAAAACAUUAUGCAAUGAUUUGGUUGUGUUUUGAGUUGAAACAUUUUUUAACUAUUUUCCGUCUAUUCAAGUCACGGCUUCUUUCCUAGAUGAUUUGUUUUACUCUUUUGUAAAGUGACAAACAUAUUCCUCAAGUUAAUGGGAUGUUCUGCAACAAACUUUAAUUUACAGACAAUCAAAAAUCAAAUAGAGCAUUUGAGAACUGUGCCAAGAUAAAACAGCAUGUCUGAUAAACUUUUGUAAAGAUAAUUUAAGGGUAGACAUAUAUUAUCCGUAUAUUAGCUGACCUCUGGCUGUUUUUUGACAAGGACAAAUUUGUUAAGCAGAGAUGGAGAAAAUGGAAAAAAUAUGAGGCCGUUGCACGAUAGAGUCGAACAAAGAAAUAACAUUGCACAUGUAUUAACGGGGGGCUGUUAUGGGAAUUCUGGCUUAAUAUUAUUUCCCAACACACACACACACACACACACACACACACACACACACACACACACACACACACACACACACACACACACACACAUCUCCCAAUUCCUGAUACAUAAUUUCAGAAUCAAGGACAAUAACAACCUCCACCCCUUAGUGCACAUCAUGACUCUGCCUCGCUGGUUUGUUUGUCUGUGUGGAUGAAAUCCCACAAUGUCAGAGAAAAACUAGAAAAUAAGUUUUAGAGAGGUUAGUCAAAGGAAAAGGAGACUCAAGGUUGAUGGAGCACAAGAUCACCAACACAAUUACUCACUGUUCACACAACUGUGGGCUAAUUUGGUGAUGACCACGAUUGCAAAAUGCUUGUGGUCCUAUUUUAAUGAUGGUAAUGUUGUUUUGAUCCUAACUAAGGGUCGGCCUUACUAACAGAAACCUAUAAACAAUUAAUCACACUUUAAGUACCAGCCUGGGGUUAGGAGAGUUUUGAGAGUACCCAAAAAUAUCAUGAAACAAGAUAGUCUUUUUACACUGUUACGUUUGUAGCCAUGGUAACAUUUUUAAUGAGGCAAAGUAUCUUAUCAGUCACAGUUUUUCUUGUCAACGUAGACAGUCUAGAGCAGUGGUUCUCAACUGGUCUUACUCUGGAACCCACAUUUUCCCAUGGUCCUGAAGUGGCGACCCACUUUUAUAGAAUUCAGACCAAGCAAAUUUAUUUUUUAUUGAAAAAAAAACUUUAAAGACUCAAAUUUUUAACACAAAUACACUCAUUUUAUUGAGUAAAGUGCAUUUCAGAGCACAUGAAAUGAGGACCACAACUACUGAAGUUGCAUAUACAGUAAAUAUCGAAUAUCAAAUCAAUAUCAAACUGCACAAAAUAAGUUACUUUUCAAAAUAAAAGACAUGUCAAACAUUAGAUGCGCAUUACAUAUUUACUUUAUUGACCAGCUGUUUGCGAACCAUCCAGAACAUGUCCGCGACCCAGUUUUGGGUCAGAACCCACCAGUUAAGAACCACUGGUCUAGAGCUCAUCUUGGACUUCAGAAAUGAAGAUAAAGUUUUAGCUGUUAUAAAAAUAUGAUGACAAUAAGUAAUUCCUAAAAUACUGUAAUGAGUCAAAGAAGAGUGAUAGUAACAGUAAGUUCUGUUCUGUUCAGUCUGGGGUUAGAAGAAUGAGAGCAGGAGAAGAAACAGUCCCUUCUCAACCAGUGAAACAUCUGUCAGAGCUGCUUCACUUACAAUAAUGUGCAAAACUCUCUCUCUCUCUCUCUCUCUGUCUCUCUCUCUCUCUAUCUCUCAACAGAAUAGGAAGAGAUUCACAUGCACACAUGCAUACACAAUGCUUUGCUGCCAUGUAUGAUAAAUGUCUGUCCCUGCAGCCUCUGUGACCCACUUGAAAACGAUCCCUUCCACUGUGUCGACUGGCACUAACUCACCAAAACAUAUGUCCCCCACACACCCCCUCUUUAUGCAUCAUGGCUCUGAUUCACUGGAAGGAGGGUCCACUUGCUCCUUGCGUUUAGCAUCACCAGUUAUCAGGAUUUCUUUGAGGAUGAUCAUUUCGGUAUAUUUUCAAACAGGAUAAUUUGUUGCAAACAGUUUUGAAGCCUCUCCCUCUCCCCUGCUAAGCAUUCCUUUUUAAUAAGUUAAUAUCAGCUCAUGUAAAAUAAAAACGUAUAACCCAUUCAGCCAUUUUCAGUUGGUGGGGGUCCAAAACCCUGUGGCUCACUAAAUAGUCUUUGCAGUCAACUUUUCUGGGCUUCGCAAUCGGUGGAAAAAAAAAUACUUUGGUCAAAAGUGCUUUUUUAUUUGUUGCAGUAGUCUAAAUAUGAAUCUGACAGCCAAGAUGAAAUUUAGAGGCCACGCUAGAGCUCUCUGUCGGCUACACUCGCAUGUAGUCCAUUUAGAAAGACUCACAGAAAACUUACGUAUCAUCUCAUGUUUGACAGCAGAAGAUAAGAUUGUAUUUACAGCCAAUAAGUUCAGUCCAAAUUUGUUUACAUCCCUGCAUGUGAUCAAAGACUGCUGACAUACAAAUUGAUGCUACUAAGGCUGUCCAAACAACAAGGAAUCCCCAUUAGGUUUAAGGUUGGAGCUAGGGUUAGGGUUAGGUGUGGGGUUGGAGCUAGGGUUAGGGUUAGGGUUGGAGUUAGGGUUAGUGUUGGAGCUAGGGUUAGGGUUGGGCUUGGAGCUAGGAUUUUUCUGAGUGCAAUGAAGCAACUCCCGAGUCUCUAGGACGUUCCUAAAAAAAUUUGAUUUUUUCCCAUAGGAAUGCAUGGGUAAGAGUUAGGGUUAGGGUUGGAGCUAGGGUUAGGGUUGGAGUUAGGGUUAGUGUUGGAGCUAGGGUUAGGGUUGGGCUUGGAGCUAGGAUUUUUCUGAGUGCAAUGAACCAACUCCCGAGUCUCUAGGACGUUCCUAAAAAAAUUUGAAUUUUUUCCCAUAGGAAUGCAUGGGUUAGGGUUAGGGUUAGGGUUGGAGCUAGGGUUAGGGUUGGAGUUAGGGUUAGUGUUGGAGCUAGGGUUAGGGUUGGGCUUGGAGCUAGGAUUUUUCUGAGUGCAAUGAACCAACUCCCGAGUCUCUAGGACGUUCCUAAAAAAAUUUGAUUUUUUCCCAUAGGAAUGCAUGGGUAAGGGUUAGGGUUAGGGUUGGAGCUAGGGUUAGGGUUAGGGUUAGGGUUGGAGUUAGGGUUAGUGUUGGAGCUAGGGUUAGGGUUGGGCUUGGAGCUAGGAUUUUUCUGAGUGCAAUGAACCAACUCCCGAGUCUCUAGGACGUUCCUAAAAAAAUUUGAUUUUUUCCCAUAGGAAUGCAUGGGUUAGGGUUAGGGUUAGGGUUGGAGCUAGGGUUAGGGUUAGGGUUAGGGUUGGAGUUAGGGUUAGUGUUGGAGCUAGGGUUAGGGUUGGGCUUGGAGCUAGGAUUUUUCUGAGUGCAAUGAACCAACUCCCGAGUCUCUAGGACGUUCCUAAAAAAAUGAUUUUUUCCCAUAGGAAUGCAUGGGUAAGAGUUAGGGUUAGGGUUGGAGCUAGGGUUAGGGUUAGGGUUAGGGUUGGAGUUAGGGUUAGUGUUGGAGCUAGGGUUAGGGUUGGGCUUGGAGCUAGGAUUUUUCUGAGUGCAAUGAACAAACUCCCGAGUCUCUAGGACGUUCCUAAAAAAAUUUGAUUUUUUCCCAUAGGAAUGCAUGGGUUAGGGUUAGGGUUAGGGUUAGGGUUGGAGCUAGGGUUAGGGUUAGGGUUGGAGUUAGGGUUAGUGUUGGAGCUAGGGUUAGGGUUGGGCUUGGAGCUAGGAUUUUUCUGAGUGCAAUGAACCAACUCCCGAGUCUCUAGGACGUUCCUAAAAAAAUUUGAUUUUUUUCCCAUAGGAAUGCAUGGGUUAGGGUUAGGGUUAGGGUUGGAGCUAGGGUUAGGGUUAGGGUUAGGGUUGGAGUUAGGGUUAGUGUUGGAGCUAGGGUUAGGGUUGGGCUUGGAGCUAGGAUUUUUCUGAGUGCAAUGAACCAACUCCCGAGUCUCUAGGACGUUCCUAUAAAAAAAGAUUUUUUCCCAUAGGAAUGCAUGGGUUAGGGUUAGGGUUAGGGUUGGAGCUAGGGUUAGGGUUAGGGUUAGGGUUGGAGUUAGGGUUAGUGUUGGAGCUAGGGUUAGGGUUGGGCUUGGAGCUAGGAUUUUUCUGAGUGCAAUGAACCAACUCCCGAGUCUCUAGGACGUUCCUAAAAAAAUUAGAUUUUUUUCCCAUAGGAAUGCAUGGGUUAGGGUUAGGGUUAGAGUUUGAGCUAGGGUUAGGGUUAGGGUUAGGGUUGGAGUUAGGGUUAGUGUUGGAGCUAGGGUUAGGGUUGGGCUUGGAGCUAGGAUUUUUCUGAGUGCACUGAACCAACUCCCGAGUCUCUAGGACGUUCCUAAAAAAAUUUGAUUUUUUCCCAUAGGAAUGCAUGGGUUAGGGUUAGGGUUAGGGUUGGAGCUAGGGUUAGGGUUAGGGUUAGGGUUAGGGUUAGGGUUGGAGUUAGGGUUAGUGUUGGAGCUAGGGUUAGGGUUGAGCUUGGAGCUAGGAUUUUUCUGAGUGCAAUGAACCAACUCCCGAGUCCCUUGGACGUUCCUAAAAAAAUUUGAUUUUUUCCCAUAGGAAUGCAUGGGUUUAGGGUUAGGGUUAGGGUUGGAGCUAGGGUUAGGGUUAGGGUUAGGGUUGGAGUUAGGGUUAGUGUUGGAGCUAGGGUUAGGGUUGGGCUUGGAGCUAGGAUUUUUCUGAGUGCAAUGAACCAACUCCCGAGUCUCUAGGACGUUCCUAUAAAAAAAGAUUUUUUCCCAUAGGAAUGCAUGGGUUAGGGUUAGGGUUAGGGUUGGAGCUAGGGUUAGGGUUAGGGUUAGGGUUGGAGUUAGGGUUAGUGUUGGAGCUAGGGUUAGGGUUGGGCUUGGAGCUAGGAUUUUUCUGAGUGCAAUGAACCAACUCCCGAGUCUCUAGGACAUUCCUAAAAAAAUUUGAUUUUUUCCCAUAGGAAUGCAUGGGUUAGGGUUAGGGUUAGGGUUGGAGCUAGGGUUAGGGUUAGGGUUAGGGUUGGAGUUAGGGUUAGUGUUGGAGCUAGGGUUAGGGUUGGGCUUGGAGCUAGGAUUUUUCUGAGUGCAAUGAACCAACUCCCGAGUCUCUAGGACGUUCCUAAAAAAAUUUGAUUUUUUCCCAUAGGAAUGCAUGGGUUAGGGUUAGGGUUAGGGUUGGAGCUAGGGUUAGGGUUGGAGUUAGGGUUAGUGUUGGAGCUAGGGUUAGGGUUGGGCUUGGAGCUAGGAUUUUUCUGAGUGCAAUGAACCAACUCCCGAGUCUCUAGGACGUUCCUAAAAAAAUUUGAUUUUUUCCCAUAGGAAUGCAUGGGUUAGGGUUAGGGUUAGGGUUGGAGCUAGGGUUAGGGUUAGGGUUAGGGUUGGAGUUAGGGUUAGUGUUGGAGCUAGGGUUAGGGUUGGGCUUGGAGCUAGGAUUUUUCUGAGUGCAAUGAACCAACUCCCGAGUCUCUAGGACGUUCCUAAAAAAAUUUGAUUUUUUCCCAUAGGAAUGCAUGGGUUAGGGUUAGGGUUAGGGUUGGAGCUAGGGUUAGGGUUAGGGUUAGGUUUGGAGUUAGGGUUAGUGUUGGAGCUAGGGUUAGGGUUGGGCUUGGAGCUAGGAUUUUUCUGAGUGCAAUGAACCAACUCCCGAGUCUCUAGGACGUUCCUAAAAAAAUUUGAUUUUUUCCCAUAGGAAUGCAUGGGUUAGGGUUAGGGUUAGGGUUGGAGCUAGGGUUAGGGUUAGGGUUAGGGUUGGAGUUAGGGUUAGUGUUGGAGCUAGGGUUAGGGUUGGGCUUGGAGCUAGGAUUUUUCUGAGUGCAAUGAACCAACUCCCGAGUCUCUAGGAUGUUCCUAAAAAAAUUUGAUUUUUUCCCAUAGGAAUGCAUGGGUUAGGGUUAGGGUUAGGGUUGGAGCUAGGGUUAGGGUUAGGGUUAGGGUUGGAGUUAGGGUUAGUGUUGGAGCUAGGGUUAGGGUUGGGCUUGGAGCUAGGAUUUUCUGAGUGCAAUGAACCAACUCCCGAGUCUCUAGGACGUUCCUAUAAAAAAGAUUUUUUUCCCAUAGGAAUGCAUGGGUUAGGGUUAGGGUUAGGGUUGGAGCUAGGGUUAGGGUUAGGGUUAGGGUUGGAGUUAGGGUUAGUGUUGGAGCUAGGGUUAGGGUUGGGCUUGGAGCUAGGAUUUUUCUGAGUGCAAUGAACCAACUCCCGAGUCUCUAGGACGUUCCUAAAAAAAUUUGAUUUUUUCCCAUAGGAAUGCAUGGGUUAGGGUUAGGGUUAGGGUUAGGGUUGGAGCUAGGGUUAGGGUUGGAGUUAGGGUUAGUGUUGGAGCUAGGGUUAGGGUUGGGAUUGGAGCUAGGAUUUUUCUGAAUGCAAUGAACCAACUCCCGAGUCCCUUGGACGUUCCUAAAAAAAUUUGAUUUUUUCCCAUGGGAAUGCAUGGGUUAGGGUUAGGGUUAGGGUUGGAGCUAGGGUUAGGGUUAGGGUUAGGGUUGGAGUUAGGGUUAGUGUUGGAGCUAGGGUUAGGGUUGGGCUUGGAGCUAGGAUUUUUCUGAGUGCAAUGAACCAACUCCCGAGUCUCUAGGACGUUCCUAAAAAAAUUUGAUUUUUUCCCAUAGGAAUGCAUGGGUUAGGGUUAGGGUUAGGGUUGGAGCUAGGGUUAGGGUUAGGGUUAGGGUUGGAGUUAGGGUUAGUGUUGGAGCUAGGGUUAGGGUUGGGCUUGGAGCUAGGAUUUUUCUGAGUGCAAUGAACCAACUCCCGAGUCUCUAGGACGUUCCUAAAAAAAUUUGAUUUUUUCCCAUAGGAAUGCAUGGGUUAGGGUUAGGGUUAGUGUUGGAGCUAGGGUUAGGGUUAGGGUUAGGGUUGGAGUUAGGGUUAGUGUUGGAGCUAGGGUUAGGGUUGGGCUUGGAGCUAGGAUUUUUCUGAGUGCAAUGAACCAACUCCCGAGUCUCUAGGACGUUCCUAAAAAAAUGAUUUUUUCCCAUAAGAAUGCAUGGGUUAGGGUUAGGGUUAGUGUUGGAGCUAGGGUUAGGGUUAGGGUUAGGGUUGGAGUUAGGGUAAGUGUUGGAGCUAGGGUUAGGGUUGGGCUUGGAGCUAGGAUUUUUCUGAGUGCAAUGAACCAACUCCCGAGUCUCUAGGACGUUCCUUAAAAAAAAUGAUUUUUUCCCAUAGGAAUGCAUGGGUUAGGGUUAGGGUUAGGGUUGGAGCUAGGGUUAGGGUUAGGGUUAGGGUUGGAGUUAGGGUUAGUGUUGGAGCUAGGGUUAGGGUUGGGCUUGGAGCUAGGAUUUUUCUGAGUGCAAUGAAGCAACUCCCGAGUCUCUAGGACGUUCCUAAAAAAAUUUGAUUUUUUCACAUAGGAAUGCAUGGGUAAGAGUUAGGGUUAGGGUUGGAGCUAGGGUUAGGGUUGGAGUUAGGGUUAGUGUUGGAGCUAGGGUUAGGGUUGGGCUUGGAGCUAGGAUUUUUCUGAGUGCAAUGAACCAACUCCCGAGUCUCUAGGACGUUCCUAAAAAAAUUUGAUUUUUUUCCCAUAGGAAUGCAUGGGUUAGGGUUAGGGUAAGGGUUGGAGCUAGGGUUAGGGUUGGAGUUAGGGUUAGUGUUGGAGCUAGGGUUAGGGUUGGGCUUGGAGCUAGGAUUUUUCUGAGUGCAAUGAACCAACUCCCGAGUCUCUAGGACGUUCCUAAAAAAUUUGAUUUUUUCCCAUAGGAAUGCAUGGGUUAGGGUUAGGGUUAGGGUUGGAGCUAGGGUUAGGGUUAGGGUUAGGGUUGGAGUUAGGGUUAGUGUUGGAGCUAGGGUUAGGGUUGGGCUUGGAGCUAGGAUUUUUCUGAGUGCAAUGAACCAACUCCCGAGUCUCUAGGACGUUCCUAAAAAAAUUUGAUUUUUUUCCCAUAGGAAUGCAUGGGUUAGGGUUAGGGUUAGGGUUAGGGUUGGAGCUAGGGUUAGGGUUGGAGUUAGGGUUAGUGUUGGAGCUAGGGUUAGGGUUGGGAUUGGAGCUAGGAUUUUUCUGAAUGCAAUGAACCAACUCCCGAGUCCCUUGGACGUUCCUAAAAAAAUUUGAUUUUUUCCCAUAGGAAUGCAUGGGUUAGGGUUAGGGUUAGGGUUGGAGCUAGGGUUAGGGUUAGGGUUAGGGUUGGAGUUAGGGUUAGUGUUGGAGCUAGGGUUAGGGUUGGGCUUGGAGCUAGGAUUUUUCUGAGUGCAAUGAACCAACUCCCGAGUCUCUAGGACGUUCCUAAAAAAAUUUGAUUUUUUCCCAUAGGAAUGCAUGGGUUAGGGUUAGGGUUAGGGUUGGAGCUAGGGUUAGGGUUAGGGUUAGGGUUGGAGUUAGGGUUAGUGUUGGAGCUAGGGUUAGGGUUGGGCUUGGAGCUAGGAUUUUUCUGAGUGCAAUGAACCAACUCCCGAGUCUCUAGGACGUUCCUAAAAAAAUUUGAUUUUUUCCCAUAGGAAUGCAUGGGUUAGGGUUAGGGUUAGUGUUGGAGCUAGGGUUAGGGUUAGGGUUAGGGUUGGAGUUAGGGUUAGUGUUGGAGCUAGGGUUAGGGUUGGGCUUGGAGCUAGGAUUUUUCUGAGUGCAAUGAACCAACUCCCGAGUCUCUAGGACGUUCCUAAAAAAAAUGAUUUUUUCCCAUAAGAAUGCAUGGGUUAGGGUUAGGGUUAGUGUUGGAGCUAGGGUUAGGGUUAGGGUUAGGGUUGGAGUUAGGGUUAGUGUUGGAGCUAGGGUUAGGGUUGGGCUUGGAGCUAGGAUUUUUCUGAGUGCAAUGAACCAACUCCCGAGUCUCUAGGACGUUCCUUAAAAAAAUGAUUUUUUCCCAUAGGAAUGCAUGGGUUAGGGUUAGGGUUAGGGUUGGAGCUAGGGUUAGGGUUAGGGUUAGGGUUGGAGUUAGGGUUAGUGUUGGAGCUAGGGUUAGGGUUGGGCUUGGAGCUAGGAUUUUUCUGAGUGCAAUGAACCAACUCCCGAGUCUCUAGGACGUUCCUAAAAAAAUUUGAUUUUUUCCCAUAGGAAUGCAUGGGUUAGGGUUAGGGUUAGGGUUAGGGUUGGAGCUAGGGUUAGGGUUAGGUGUGGGGUUGGAGCUAGGGUUAGGGUUAGGGUUAGGGUUGGAGUUAGGGUUAGUGUUGGAGCUAGGGUUAGGGUUGGGCUUGGAGCUAGGAUUUUUCUGAGUGCAAUGAAGCAACUCCCGAGUCUCUGGGACGUUCCUAAAAAAAUUUGAUUUUUUCACAUAGGAAUGCAUGGGUAAGAGUUAGGGUUAGGGUUGGAGCUAGGGUUAGGGUUGGAGUUAGGGUUAGUGUUGGAGCUAGGGUUAGGGUUGGGCUUGGAGCUAGGAUUUUUCUGAGUGCAAUGAACCAACUCCCGAGUCUCUAGGACGUUCCUAAAAAAAUUUGAUUUUUUCCCAUAGGAAUGCAUGGGUUAGGGUUAGGGUAAGGGUUGGAGCUAGGGUUAGGGUUGGAGUUAGGGUUAGUGUUGGAGCUAGGGUUAGGGUUGGGCUUGGAGCUAGGAUUUUUCUGAGUGCAAUGAACCAACUCCCGAGUCUCUAGGACGUUCCUAAAAAAAUUGAUUUUUUCCCAUAGGAAUGCAUGGGUUAGGGUUAGGGUUAGGGUUGGAGCUAGGGUUAGGGUUAGGGUUAGGGUUGGAGUUAGGGUUAGUGUUGGAGCUAGGGUUAGGGUUGGGCUUGGAGCUAGGAUUUUUCUGAGUGCAAUGAACCAACUCCCGAGUCUCUAGGACGUUCCUAAAAAAAUUAGAUUUUUUCCCAUAGGAAUGCAUGGGUUAGGGUUAGGGUUAGGGUUGGAGCUAGGGUUAGGGUUAGGGUUAGGGUUGGAGUUAGGGUUAGUGUUGGAGCUAGGGUUAGGGUUGGGCUUGGAGCUAGGAUUUUUCUGAGUGCAAUGAACCAACUCCCGAGUCUCUAGGACGUUCCUAAAAAAAAAUGAUUUUUUCCCAUAGGAAUGCAUGGGUAAGAGUUAGGGUUAGGGUUGGAGCUAGGGUUAGGGUUAGGGUUAGGGUUGGAGUUAGGGUUAGUGUUGGAGCUAGGGUUAGGGUUGGGCUUGGAGCUAGGAUUUUUCUGAGUGCAAUGAACAAACUCCCGAGUCUCUAGGACGUUCCUAAAAAAAUUUGAUUUUUUCCCAUAGGAAUGCAUGGGUUAGGGUUAGGGUUAGGGUUAGGGUUGGAGCUAGGGUUAGGGUUAGGGUUGGAGUUAGGGUUAGUGUUGGAGCUAGGGUUAGGGUUGGGCUUGGAGCUAGGAUUUUUCUGAGUGCAAUGAACCAACUCCCGAGUCUCUAGGACGUUCCUUAAAAAAAAUUGAUUUUUUUCCCAUAGGAAUGCAUGGGUUAGGGUUAGGGUUAGGGUUGGCGCUAGGGUUAGGGUUAGGGUUAGGGUUGGAGUUAGGGUUAGUGUUGGAGCUAGGGUUAGGGUUGGGCUUGGAGCUAGGAUUUUUCUGAGUGCAAUGAACCAACUCCCGAGUCUCUAGGACGUUCCUAUAAAAAAAAGAUUUUUUCCCAUAGGAAUGCAUGGGUUAGGGUUAGGGUUAGGGUUGGAGCUAGGGUUAGGGUUAGGGUUAGGGUUGGAGUUAGGGUUAGUGUUGGAGCUAGGGUUAGGGUUGGGCUUGGAGCUAGGAUUUUUCUGAGUGCAAUGAACCAACUCCCGAGUCUCUAGGACGUUCCUAAAAAAAUUUGAUUUUUUCCCAUAGGAAUGCAUGGGUUAGGGUUAGGGUUAGGGUUGGAGCUAGGGUUAGGGUUGGAGUUAGGGUUAGUGUUGGAGCUAGGGUUAGGGUUGGGCUUGGAGCUAGGAUUUUUCUGAAUGCAAUGAACCAACUCCCGAGUCUCUAGGACGUUCCUAAAAAAAUUUGAUUUUUUCCCAUAGGAAUGCAUGGGUUAGGGUUAGGGUAAGGGUUGGAGCUAGGGUUAGGGUUAGGGUUAGGGUUGGAGUUAGGGUUAGUGUUGGAGCUAGGGUUAGGGUUGGGCUUGGAGCUAGGAUUUUUCUGAGUGCAAUGAACCAACUCCUGAGUCUUUAGGACGUUCCUAAAAAAAUUUGAUUUUUUCCCAUAGGAAUGCAUGGUUUAGGGUUAGGGUUAGGGUUGGAGCUAGGGUUAGGGUUAGGGUUAGGGUUGGAGUUAGGGUUAGUGUUGGAGCUAGGGUUAGGGUUGGGCUUGGAGCUAGGAUUUUUCUGAGUGCAAUGAACCAACUCCCGAGUCUCUAGGACGUUCCUAAAAAAAUUUGAUUUUUUCCCAUAGGAAUGCAUGGGUUAGGGUUAGGGUUAGGGUUGGAGCUAGGGUUAGGGUUAGGGUUAGGGUUGGAGUUAGGGUUAGUGUUGGAGCUAGGGUUAGGGUUGGGCUUGGAGCUAGGAUUUUUCUGAGUGCAAUGAACCAACUCCCGAGUCCCUUGGACGUUCCUAAAAAAAUUUGAUUUUUUCCCAUAGGAAUGCAUGGUUUAGGGUUAGGGUUAGGGUUGGAGCUAGGGUUAGGGUUAGGGUUAGGGUUGGAGUUAGGGUUAGUGUUGGAGCUAGGGUUAGGGUUGGGCUUGGAGCUAGGAUUUUUCUGAGUGCAAUGAACCAACUCCCGAGUCUCUAGGACGUUCCUUAAAAAAAAUUAGAUUUUUUCCCAUAGGAAUGCAUGGGUUAGGGUUAGGGUUAGGGUUUGCGCUAGGGUUAGGGUUAGGGUUAGGGUUGGAGUUAGGGUUAGUGUUGGAGCUAGGGUUAGGGUUGGGCUUGGAGCUAGGAUUUUUCUGAGUGCAAUGAACCAACUCCCGAGUCUCUAGGACGUUCCUUAAAAAAAUUAGAUUUUUUUCCCAUAGGAAUGCAUGGGUUAGGGUUAGGGUUAGGGUUUGCGCUAGGGUUAGGGUUAGGGUUAGGGUUGGAGUUAGGGUUAGUGUUGGAGCUAGGGUUAGGGUUGGGCUUGGAGCUAGGAUUUUUCUGAGUGCAAUGAACCAACUCCCGAGUCUCUAGGACGUUCCUAUAAAAAAAGAUUUUUUCCCAUAGGAAUGCAUGGGUUAGGGUUAGGGUUAGGGUUGGAGCUAGGGUUAGGGUUAGGGUUAGGGUUGGAGUUAGGGUUAGUGUUGGAGCUAGGGUUAGGGUUGGGCUUGGAGCUAGGAUUUUUCUGAGUGCAAUGAACCAACUCCCGAGUCUCUAGGACGUUCCUAAAAAAAUUUGAUUUUUUUCCCAUAGGAAUGCAUGGGUUAGGGUUAGGGUUAGGGUUAGGGUUGGAGCUAGGGUUAGGGUUGGAGUUAGGGUUAGUGUUGGAGCUAGGGUUAGGGUUGGGAUUGGAGCUAGGAUUUUUCUGAAUGCAAUGAACCAACUCCCGAGUCCCUUGGACGUUCCUAAAAAAAUUUGAUUUUUUCCCAUAGGAAUGCAUGGGUUAGGGUUAGGGUUAGGGUUGGAGCUAGGGUUAGGGUUAGGGUUAGGGUUGGAGUUAGGGUUAGUGUUGGAGCUAGGGUUAGGGUUGGGCUUGGAGCUAGGAUUUUUCUGAGUGCAAUGAACAAACUCCCGAGUCUCUAGGACGUUCCUAAAAAAAUUUGAUUUUUUCCCAUAGGAAUGCAUGGGUUAGGGUUAGGGUUAGGGUUAGGGUUGGAGCUAGGGUUAGGGUUAGGGUUGGAAUUAGGGUUAGUGUUGGAGCUAGGGUUAGGGUUGGGCUUGGAGCUAGGAUUUUUCUGAGUGCAAUGAACCAACUCCCGAGUCUCUAGGACGUUCCUAAAAAAAUUUGAUUUUUUCCCAUAGGAAUGCAUGGGUUAGGGUUAGGGUUAGGGUUGGAGCUAGGGUUAGGGUUAGGGUUAGGGUUGGAGUUAGGGUUAGUGUUGGAGCUAGGGUUAGGGUUGGGCUUGGAGCUAGGAUUUUUCUGAGUGCAAUGAACAAACUCCCGAGUCUCUAGGACGUUCCUAAAAAAAUUUGAUUUUUUCCCAUAGGAAUGCAUGGGUUAGGGUUAGGGUUAGGGUUGGAGCUAGGGUUAGGGUUAGGGUUAGGGUUGGAGUUAGGGUUAGUGUUGGAGCUAGGGUUAGGGUUGGGCUUGGAGCUAGGAUUUUUCUGAGUGCAAUGAACCAACUCCCGAGUCUCUAGGACGUUCCUAAAAAAAAUUGAUUUUUUCCCAUAGGAAUGCAUGGGUUAGGGUUAGGGUUAGGGUUGAAGCUAGGGUUAGGGUUGGAGUUAGGGUUAGUGUUGGAGCUAGGGUUAGGGUUGGGCUUGGAGCUAGGAUUUUUCUGAGUGCAAUGAACCAACUCCCGAGUCUCUAGGACGUUCCUAAAAAAAUUUGAUUUUUUCCCAUAGGAAUGCAUGGGUUAGGGUUAGGGUUAGGGUUGGAGCUAGGGUUAGGGUUAGGGUUAGGGUUGGAGUUAGGGUUAGUGUUGGAGCUAGGGUUAGGGUUGGGCUUGGAGCUAGGAUUUUUCUGAGUGCAAUGAACCAACUCCCGAGUCUCUAGGACGUUCCUAUAAAAAAAGAUUUUUUCCCAUAGGAAUGCAUGGGUUAGGGUUAGGGUUAGGGUUGGAGCUAGGGUUAGGGUUAGGGUUAGGGUUGGAGUUAGGGUUAGUGUUGGAGCUAGGGUUAGGGUUGGGCUUGGAGCUAGGAUUUUUCUGAGUGCAAUGAACCAACUCCCGAGUCUCUAGGACGUUCCUUAAAAAAUUUGAUUUUUUCCCAUAGGAAUGCAUGGGUUAGGGUUAGGGUUAGGGUUGGAGCUAGGGUUAGGGUUAGGGUUAGGGUUGGAGUUAGGGUUAGUGUUGGAGCUAGGGUUAGGGUUGGGCUUGGAGCUAGGAUUUUUCUGAGUGCAAUGAACAAACUCCCGAGUCUCUAGGACGUUCCUAAAAAAAUUUGAUUUUUUCCCAUAGGAAUGCAUGGGUUAGGGUUAGGGUUAGGGUUAGGGUUGGAGCUAGGGUUAGGGUUAGGGUUGGAAUUAGGGUUAGUGUUGGAGUUAGGGUUAGGGUUGGGCUUGGAGCUAGGAUUUUUCUGAGUGCAAUGAACCAACUCCCGAGUCUCUAGGACGUUCCUAUAAAAAAAGAUUUUUUCCCAUAGGAAUGCAUGGGUUAGGGUUAGGGUUAGGGUUGGAGCUAGGGUUAGGGUUAGGGUUAGGGUUGGAGUUAGGGUUAGUGUUGGAGCUAGGGUUAGGGUUGGGCUUGGAGCUAGGAUUUUUCUGAGUGCAAUGAACCAACUCCCGAGUCCCUUGGACGUUCCUAAAAAAAUUUGAUUUUUUCCCAUAGGAAUGCAUGGUUUAGGGUUAGGGUUAGGGUUGGAGCUAGGGUUAGGGUUAGGGUUAGGGUUGGAGUUAGGGUUAGUGUUGGAGCUAGGGUUAGGCUUGGGCUUGGAGCUAGGAUUUUUCUGAGUGCAAUGAACCAACUCCCGAGUCUCUAGGACGUUCCUUAAAAAAAAUUGAUUUUUUCCCAUAGGAAUGCAUGGGUUAGGGUUAGGGUUAGGGUUGGCGCUAGGGUUAGGGUUAGGGUUAGGGUUGGAGUUAGGGUUAGUGUUGGAGCUAGGGUUAGGGUUGGGCUUGGAGCUAGGAUUUUUCUGAGUGCAAUGAACCAACUCCCGAGUCUCUAGGACGUUCCUAAAAAAAAUGAUUUUUUCCCAUAGGAAUGCAUGGGUAAGAGUUAGGGUUAGGGUUGGAGCUAGGGUUAGGGUUAGGGUUAGGGUUGGAGUUAGGGUUAGUGUUGGAGCUAGGGUUAGGGUUGGGCUUGGAGCUAGGAUUUUUCUGAGUGCAAUGAACAAACUCCCGAGUCUCUAGGACGUUCCUAAAAAAAUUUGAUUUUUUCCCAUAGGAAUGCAUGGGUUAGGGUUAGGGUUAGGGUUAGGGUUGGAGCUAGGGUUAGGGUUAGGGUUGGAGUUAGGGUUAGUGUUGGAGCUAGGGUUAGGGUUGGGCUUGGAGCUAGGAUUUUUCUGAGUGCAAUGAACCAACUCCCGAGUCUCUAGGACGUUCCUUAAAAAAAAUUGAUUUUUUUCCCAUAGGAAUGCAUGGGUUAGGGUUAGGGUUAGGGUUGGCGCUAGGGUUAGGGUUAGGGUUAGGGUUGGAGUUAGGGUUAGUGUUGGAGCUAGGGUUAGGGUUGGGCUAGGAGCUAGGAUUUUUCUGAGUGCAAUGAACCAACUCCCGAGUCUCUAGGACGUUCCUAUAAAAAAAAGAUUUUUUCCCAUAGGAAUGCAUGGGUUAGGGUUAGGGUUAGGGUUGGAGCUAGGGUUAGGGUUAGGGUUAGGGUUGGAGUUAGGGUUAGUGUUGGAGCUAGGGUUAGGGUUGGGCUUGGAGCUAGGAUUUUUCUGAGUGCAAUGAACCAACUCCCGAGUCUCUAGGACGUUCCUAAAAAAAUUUGAUUUUUUCCCAUAGGAAUGCAUGGGUUAGGGUUAGGGUUAGGGUUGGAGCUAGGGUUAGGGUUGGAGUUAGGGUUAGUGUUGGAGCUAGGGUUAGGGUUGGGCUUGGAGCUAGGAUUUUUCUGAAUGCAAUGAACCAACUCCCGAGUCUCUAGGACGUUCCUAAAAAAAUUUGAUUUUUUCCCAUAGGAAUGCAUGGGUUAGGGUUAGGGUUAGGGUUGGAGCUAGGGUUAGGGUUAGGGUUAGGGUUGGAGUUAGGGUUAGUGUUGGAGCUAGGGUUAGGGUUGGGCUUGGAGCUAGGAUUUUUCUGAGUGCAAUGAACCAACUCCUGAGUCUCUAGGACGUUCCUAAAAAAAUUUGAUUUUUUCCCAUAGGAAUGCAUGGUUUAGGGUUAGGGUUAGGGUUGGAGCUAGGGUUAGGGUUAGGGUUAGGGUUGGAGUUAGGGUUAGUGUUGGAGCUAGGGUUAGGGUUGGGCUUGGAGCUAGGAUUUUUCUGAGUGCAAUGAACCAACUCCCGAGUCUCUAGGACGUUCCUAAAAAAAUUUGAUUUUUUCCCAUAGGAAUGCAUGGGUUAGGGUUAGGGUUAGGGUUGGAGCUAGGGUUAGGGUUAGGGUUAGGGUUGGAGUUAGGGUUAGUGUUGGAGCUAGGGUUAGGGUUGGGCUUGGAGCUAGGAUUUUUCUGAGUGCAAUGAACCAACUCCCGAGUCCCUUGGACGUUCCUAAAAAAAUUUGAUUUUUUCCCAUAGGAAUGCAUGGUUUAGGGUUAGGGUUAGGGUUGGAGCUAGGGUUAGGGUUAGGGUUAGGGUUGGAGUUAGGGUUAGUGUUGGAGCUAGGGUUAGGGUUGGGCUUGGAGCUAGGAUUUUUCUGAGUGCAAUGAACCAACUCCCGAGUCUCUAGGACGUUCCUUAAAAAAAAUUAGAUUUUUUCCCAUAGGAAUGCAUGGGUUAGGGUUAGGGUUAGGGUUUGCGCUAGGGUUAGGGUUAGGGUUAGGGUUGGAGUUAGGGUUAGUGUUGGAGCUAGGGUUAGGGUUGGGCUUGGAGCUAGGAUUUUUCUGAGUGCAAUGAACCAACUCCCGAGUCUCUAGGACGUUCCUAUAAAAAAAAGAUUUUUUCCCAUAGGAAUGCAUGGGUUAGGGUUAGGGUUAGGGUUGGAGCUAGGGUUAGGGUUAGGGUUAGGGUUGGAGUUAGGGUUAGUGUUGGAGCUAGGGUUAGGGUUGGGCUUGGAGCUAGGAUUUUUCUGAGUGCAAUGAACCAACUCCCGAGUCUCUAGGACGUUCCUAAAAAAAUUUGAUUUUUUUCCCAUAGGAAUGCAUGGGUUAGGGUUAGGGUUAGGGUUAGGGUUGGAGCUAGGGUUAGGGUUGGAGUUAGGGUUAGUGUUGGAGCUAGGGUUAGGGUUGGGAUUGGAGCUAGGAUUUUUCUGAAUGCAAUGAACCAACUCCCGAGUCCCUUGGACGUUCCUAAAAAAAUUUGAUUUUUUCCCAUAGGAAUGCAUGGGUUAGGGUUAGGGUUAGGGUUGGAGCUAGGGUUAGGGUUAGGGUUAGGGUUGGAGUUAGGGUUAGUGUUGGAGCUAGGGUUAGGGUUGGGCUUGGAGCUAGGAUUUUUCUGAGUGCAAUGAACAAACUCCCGAGUCUCUAGGACGUUCCUAAAAAAAUUUGAUUUUUUCCCAUAGGAAUGCAUGGGUUAGGGUUAGGGUUAGGGUUAGGGUUGGAGCUAGGGUUAGGGUUAGGGUUGGAAUUAGGGUUAGUGUUGGAGCUAGGGUUAGGGUUGGGCUUGGAGCUAGGAUUUUUCUGAGUGCAAUGAACCAACUCCCGAGUCUCUAGGACGUUCCUAAAAAAAUUUGAUUUUUUCCCAUAGGAAUGCAUGGGUUAGGGUUAGGGUUAGGGUUGGAGCUAGGGUUAGGGUUAGGGUUAGGGUUGGAGUUAGGGUUAGUGUUGGAGCUAGGGUUAGGGUUGGGCUUGGAGCUAGGAUUUUUCUGAGUGCAAUGAACAAACUCCCGAGUCUCUAGGACGUUCCUAAAAAAAUUUGAUUUUUUCCCAUAGGAAUGCAUGGGUUAGGGUUAGGGUUAGGGUUGGAGCUAGGGUUAGGGUUAGGGUUAGGGUUGGAGUUAGGGUUAGUGUUGGAGCUAGGGUUAGGGUUGGGCUUGGAGCUAGGAUUUUUCUGAGUGCAAUGAACCAACUCCCGAGUCUCUAGGACGUUCCUAAAAAAAAUUGAUUUUUUCCCAUAGGAAUGCAUGGGUUAGGGUUAGGGUUAGGGUUGAAGCUAGGGUUAGGGUUGGAGUUAGGGUUAGUGUUGGAGCUAGGGUUAGGGUUGGGCUUGGAGCUAGGAUUUUUCUGAGUGCAAUGAACCAACUCCCGAGUCUCUAGGACGUUCCUAAAAAAAUUUGAUUUUUUCCCAUAGGAAUGCAUGGGUUAGGGUUAGGGUUAGGGUUGGAGCUAGGGUUAGGGUUAGGGUUAGGGUUAGGGUUGGAGUUAGGGUUAGUGUUGGAGCUAGGGUUAGGGUUGGGCUUGGAGCUAGGAUUUUUCUGAGUGCAAUGAACCAACUCCCGAGUCUCUAGGACGUUCCUAUAAAAAAAAGAUUUUUUCCCAUAGGAAUGCAUGGGUUAGGGUUAGGGUUAGGGUUGGAGCUAGGGUUAGGGUUAGGGUUAGGGUUGGAGCUAGGGUUAGUGUUGGAGCUAGGGUUAGGGUUGGGCUUGGAGCUAGGAUUUUUCUGAGUGCAAUGAACCAACUCCCGAGUCUCUAGGACGUUCCUUAAAAAAUUUGAUUUUUUCCCAUAGGAAUGCAUGGGUUAGGGUUAGGGUUAGGGUUGGAGCUAGGGUUAGGGUUAGGGUUAGGGUUGGAGUUAGGGUUAGUGUUGGAGCUAGGGUUAGGGUUGGGCUUGGAGCUAGGAUUUUUCUGAGUGCAAUGAACAAACUCCCGAGUCUCCAGGACGUUCCUAAAAAAAUUUGAUUUUUUCCCAUAGGAAUGCAUGGGUUAGGGUUAGGGUUAGGGUUAGGGUUGGAGCUAGGGUUAGGGUUAGGGUUGGAAUUAGGGUUAGUGUUGGAGUUAGGGUUAGGGUUGGGCUUGGAGCUAGGAUUUUUCUGAGUGCAAUGAACAAACUCCCGAGUCUCUAGGACGUUCCUAAAAAAAAUUGAUUUUUUCCCAUAGGAAUGCAUGGGUUAGGGUUAGGGUUAGGGUUAGGGUUGGAGCUAGGGUUAGGGUUAGGGUUGGAAUUAGGGUUAGUGUUGGAGCUAGGGUUAGGGUUGGGCUUGGAGCUAGGAUUUUUCUGAGUGCAAUGAACCAACUCCCGAGUCUCUAGGACGUUCCUAAAAAAAUUUGAUUUUUUCCCAUAGGAAUGCAUGGGUUAGGGUUAGGGUUAGGGUUGGAGCUAGGGUUAGGGUUAGGGUUAGGGUUGGAGUUAGGGUUAGUGUUGGAGCUAGGGUUAGGGUUGGGCUUGGAGCUAGGAUUUUUCUGAGUGCAAUGAACCAACUCCCGAGUCUCUAGGACGUUCCUAAAAAAAUUGAUUUUUUCCCAUAGGAAUGCAUGGGUUAGGGUUAGGGUUAGGGUUGGAGCUAGGGUUAGGGUUAGGGUUAGGGUUGGAGUUAGGGUUAGUGUUGGAGCUAGGGUUAGGGUUGGGCUUGGAGCUAGGAUUUUUCUGAGUGCAAUGAACCAACUCCCGAGUCUCUAGGACGUUCCUAAAAAAAAUUGAUUUUUUCCCAUAGGAAUGCAUGGGUUAGGGUUAGGGUUAGGGUUGGAGCUAGGGUUAGGGUUAGGGUUAGGGUUGGAGUUAGGGUUAGUGUUGGAGCUAGGGUUAGGGUUGGGCUUGGAGCUAGGAUUUUUCUGAGUGCAAUGAACCAACUCCCGAGUCUCUAGGACGUUCCUAUAAAAAAAAGAUUUUUUCCCAUAGGAAUGCAUGGGUUAGGGUUAGGGUUAGGGUUGGAGCUAGGGUUAGGGUUAGGGUUAGGGUUGGAGUUAGGGUUAGUGUUGGAGCUAGGGUUAGGGUUGGGCUUGGAGCUAGGAUUUUUCUGAGUGCAAUGAACCAACUCCCGAGUCUCUAGGACGUUCCUUAAAAAAUUUGAUUUUUUCCCAUAGGAAUGCAUGGGUUAGGGUUAGGGUUAGGGUUGGAGCUAGGGUUAGGGUUAGGGUUAGGGUUGGAGUUAGGGUUAGUGUUGGAGCUAGGGUUAGGGUUGGGCUUGGAGCUAGGAUUUUUCUGAGUGCAAUGAACAAACUCCCGAGUCUCUAGGACGUUCCUAAAAAAAUUUGAUUUUUUCCCAUAGGAAUGCAUGGGUUAGGGUUAGGGUUAGGGUUGGAGCUAGGGUUAGGGUUAGGGUUAGGGUUGGAGUUAGGGUUAGUGUUGGAGCUAGGGUUAGGGUUGGGCUUGGAGCUAGGAUUUUUCUGAGUGCAAUGAACCAACUCCCGAGUCUCUAGGACGUUCCUAAAAAAAAUUGAUUUUUUCCCAUAGGAAUGCAUGGGUUAGGGUUAGGGUUAGGGUUGGCGCUAGGGUUAGGGUUAGGGUUAGGGUUGGAGUUAGGGUUAGUGUUGGAGCUAGGGUUAGGGUUGGGCUUGGAGCUAGGAUUUUUCUGAGUGCAAUGAACCAACUCCCGAGUCUCUAGGACGUUCCUAAAAAAAUUUGAUUUUUUCCCAUAGGAAUGCAUGGGCUAGGGUUAGGGUUAGGGUUGGAGCUAGGGUUAGGGUUAGGGUUAGGGUUGGAGUUAGGGUUAGUGUUGGAGCUAGGGUUAGGGUUGGGCUUGGAGCUAGGAUUUUUCUGAGUGCAAUGAACCAACUCCCGAGUCUCUAGGACGUUCCUAAAAAAAUUUGAUUUUUUUCCCAUAGGAAUGCAUGGGUUAGGGUUAGGGUUAGGGUUAGGGUUAGGGUUGGAGCUAGGGUUAGGGUUGGAGUUAGGGUUAGUGUUGGAGCUAGGGUUAGGGUUGGGCUUGGAGCUAGGAUUUUUCUGAAUGCAAUGAACCAACUCCCGAGUCUCUAGGACGUUCCUAAAAAAGUUAGAUUUUUUCCCAUAGGAAUGCAUGGGUUAGGGUUAGGGUUAGGGUUGGAGCUAGGGUUAGGGUUAGGGUUAGGGUUGGAGUUAGGGUUAGUGUUGGAGCUAGGGUUAGGGUUGGGCUUGGAGCUAGGAUUUUUCUGAGUGCAAUGAACCAACUCCCGAGUCUCUAGGACGUUCCUUAAAAAAUUUGAUUUUUUCCCAUAGGAAUGCAUGGGUUAGGGUUAGGGUUAGGGUUGGAGCUAGGGUUAGGGUUAGGGUUAGGGUUGGAGUUAGGGUUAGUGUUGGAGCUAGGGUUAGGGUUGGGCUUGGAGCUAGGAUUUUUCUGAGUGCAAUGAACAAACUCCCGAGUCUCCAGGACGUUCCUAAAAAAAUUUGAUUUUUUCCCAUAGGAAUGCAUGGGUUAGGGUUAGGGUUAGGGUUAGGGUUGGAGCUAGGGUUAGGGUUAGGGUUGGAAUUAGGGUUAGUGUUGGAGUUAGGGUUAGGGUUGGGCUUGGAGCUAGGAUUUUUCUGAGUGCAAUGAACAAACUCCCGAGUCUCUAGGACGUUCCUAAAAAAAUUGAUUUUUUCCCAUAGGAAUGCAUGGGUUAGGGUUAGGGUUAGGGUUAGGGUUGGAGCUAGGGUUAGGGUUAGGGUUGGAAUUAGGGUUAGUGUUGGAGCUAGGGUUAGGGUUGGGCUUGGAGCUAGGAUUUUUCUGAGUGCAAUGAACCAACUCCCGAGUCUCUAGGACGUUCCUAAAAAAAUUUGAUUUUUUCCCAUAGGAAUGCAUGGGUUAGGGUUAGGGUUAGGGUUGGAGCUAGGGUUAGGGUUAGGGUUAGGGUUGGAGUUAGGGUUAGUGUUGGAGCUAGGGUUAGGGUUGGGCUUGGAGCUAGGAUUUUUCUGAGUGCAAUGAACCAACUCCCGAGUCUCUAGGACGUUCCUAAAAAAAAUUGAUUUUUUCCCAUAGGAAUGCAUGGGUUAGGGUUAGGGUUAGGGUUGGAGCUAGGGUUAGGGUUAGGGUUAGGGUUGGAGUUAGGGUUAGUGUUGGAGCUAGGGUUAGGGUUGGGCUUGGAGCUAGGAUUUUUCUGAGUGCAAUGAACCAACUCCCGAGUCUCUAGGACGUUCCUAAAAAAAUUGAUUUUUUCCCAUAGGAAUGCAUGGGUUAGGGUUAGGGUUAGGGUUGGAGCUAGGGUUAGGGUUAGGGUUAGGGUUGGAGUUAGGGUUAGUGUUGGAGCUAGGGUUAGGGUUGGGCUUGGAGCUAGGAUUUUUCUGAGUGCAAUGAACCAACUCCCGAGUCUCUAGGACGUUCCUAUAAAAAGAUUUUUUCCCAUAGGAAUGCAUGGGUUAGGGUUAGGGUUAGGGUUGGAGCUAGGGUUAGGGUUAGGGUUAGGGUUGGAGUUAGGGUUAGUGUUGGAGCUAGGGUUAGGGUUGGGCUUGGAGCUAGGAUUUUUCUGAGUGCAAUGAACCAACUCCCGAGUCUCUAGGACGUUCCUUAAAAAAUUUGAUUUUUUCCCAUAGGAAUGCAUGGGUUAGGGUUAGGGUUAGGGUUGGAGCUAGGGUUAGGGUUAGGGUUAGGGUUGGAGUUAGGGUUAGUGUUGGAGCUAGGGUUAGGGUUGGGCUUGGAGCUAGGAUUUUUCUGAGUGCAAUGAACAAACUCCCGAGUCUCUAGGACGUUCCUAAAAAAAUUUGAUUUUUUCCCAUAGGAAUGCAUGGGUUAGGGUUAGGGUUAGGGUUGGAGCUAGGGUUAGGGUUAGGGUUAGGGUUGGAGUUAGGGUUAGUGUUGGAGCUAGGGUUAGGGUUGGGCUUGGAGCUAGGAUUUUUCUGAGUGCAAUGAACCAACUCCCGAGUCUCUAGGACGUUCCUAAAAAAAUUUGAUUUUUUCCCAUAGGAAUGCAUGGGUUAGGGUUAGGGUUAGUGUUGGAGCUAGGGUUAGGGUUAGGGUUAGGGUUGGAGUUAGGGUUAGUGUUGGAGCUAGGGUUAGGGUUGGGCUUGGAGCUAGGAUUUUUCUGAGUGCAAUGAACCAACUCCCGAGUCUCUAGGACGUUCCUAAAAAAAAUGAUUUUUUUCCCAUAGGAAUGCAUGGGUUAGGGUUAGGAUUAGUGUUGGAGCUAGGGUUAGGGUUAGGGUUAGGGUUGGAGUUAGGGUUAGUGUUGGAGCUAGGGUUAGGGUUGGGCUUGGAGCUAGGAUUUUUCUGAGUGCAAUGAACCAACUCCCGAGUCUCUAGGACGUUCCUAAAAAAAAUGAUUUUUUCCCAUAGGAAUGCAUGGGUUAGGGUUAGGGUUAGGGUUGGAGCUAGGGUUAGGGUUAGGGUUAGGGUUGGAGUUAGGGUUAGUGUUGGAGCUAGGGUUAGGGUUGGGCUUGGAGCUAGGAUUUUUCUGAGUGCAAUGAACCAACUCCCGAGUCUCUAGGACGUUCCUAAAAAAAUUUGAUUUUUUUCCCAUAGGAAUGCAUGGGUUAGGGUUAGGGUUAGGGUUAGGGUUGGAGCUAGGGUUAGGGUUGGAGUUAGGGUUAGUGUUGGAGCUAGGGUUAGGGUUGGGCUUGGAGCUAGGAUUUUUCUGAAUGCAAUGAACCAACUCCCGAGUCUCUAGGACGUUCCUAAAAAAAUUUGAUUUUUUCCCAUAGGAAUGCAUGGGUUAGGGUUAGGGUUAGGGUUGGAGCUAGGGUUAGGGUUAGGGUUAGGGUUGGAGUUAGGGUUAGUGUUGGAGCUAGGGUUAGGGUUGGGCUUGGAGCUAGGAUUUUUCUGAGUGCAAUGAACCAACUCCCGAGUCUCUAGGACGUUCCUAAAAAAAUUUGAUUUUUUCCCAUAGGAAUGCAUGGGUUAGGGUUAGGGUUAGGGUUGGAGCUAGGGUUAGGGUUAGGGUUAGGGUUGGAGUUAGGGUUAGUGUUGGAGCUAGGGUUAGGGUUGGGCUUGGAGCUAGGAUUUUUCUGAGUGCAAUGAACCAACUCCCGAGUCCCUUGGACGUCUUAAAAAAAUUUGAUUUUUUCCCAUAGGAAUGCAUGGGUUAGGGUUAGGGUUAGGGUUGGAGCUAGGGUUAGGGUUAGGGUUAGGGUUGGAGUUAGGGUUAGUGUUGGAGCUAGGGUUAGGGUUGGGCUUGGAGCUAGGAUUUUUCUGAGUGCAAUGAACCAACUCCCGAGUCUCUAGGACGUUCCUAAAAAAAAAUUGAUUUUUUCCCAUAGGAAUGCAUGGGUUAGGGUUAGGGUUAGGGUUGGCGCUAGGGUUAGGGUUAGGGUUAGGGUUGGAGUUAGGGUUAGUGUUGGAGCUAGGGUUAGGGUUGGGCUUGGAGCUAGGAUUUUUCUGAGUGCAAUGAACCAACUCCCGAGUCUCUAGGACGUUCCUAAAAAAAUUUGAUUUUUUCCCAUAGGAAUGCAUGGGCUAGGGUUAGGGUUAGGGUUGGAGCUAGGGUUAGGGUUAGGGUUAGGGUUGGAGUUAGGGUUAGUGUUGGAGCUAGGGUUAGGGUUGGGCUUGGAGCUAGGAUUUUUCUGAGUGCAAUGAACCAACUCCCGAGUCUCUAGGACGUUCCUAAAAAAAUUUGAUUUUUUUCCCAUAGGAAUGCAUGGGUUAGGGUUAGGGUUAGGGUUAGGGUUAGGGUUGGAGCUAGGGUUAGGGUUGGAGUUAGGGUUAGUGUUGGAGCUAGGGUUAGGGUUGGGCUUGGAGCUAGGAUUUUUCUGAAUGCAAUGAACCAACUCCCGAGUCUCUAGGACGUUCCUAAAAAAGUUAGAUUUUUUCCCAUAGGAAUGCAUGGGUUAGGGUUAGGGUUAGGGUUGGAGCUAGGGUUAGGGUUAGGGUUAGGGUUGGAGUUAGGGUUAGUGUUGGAGCUAGGGUUAGGGUUGGGCUUGGAGCUAGGAUUUUUCUGAGUGCAAUGAACCAACUCCCGAGUCUCUAGGACGUUCCUAAAAAAAUUUGAUUUUUUCCCAUAGGAAUGCAUGGGUUAGGGUUAGGGUUAGUGUUGGAGCUAGGGUUAGGGUUAGGGUUAGGGUUGGAGUUAGGGUUAGUGUUGGAGCUAGGGUUAGGGUUGGGCUUGGAGCUAGGAUUUUUCUGAGUGCAAUGAACCAACUCCCGAGUCUCUAGGACGUUCCUAAAAAAAAUGAUUUUUUCCCAUAGGAAUGCAUGGGUUAGGGUUAGGGUUAGGGUUGGAGCUAGGGUUAGGGUUAGGGUUAGGGUUGGAGUUAGGGUUAGUGUUGGAGCUAGGGUUAGGGUUGGGCUUGGAGCUAGGAUUUUUCUGAAUGCAAUGAACCAACUCCCGAGUCUCUAGGACGUUCCUAAAAAAAUUAGAUUUUUUCCCAUAGGAAUGCAUGGGUUAGGGUUAGGGUUAGGGUUGGAGCUAGGGUUAGGGUUAGGGUUAGGGUUGGAGUUAGGGUUAGUGUUGGAGCUAGGGUUAGGGUUGGGCUUGGAGCUAGGAUUUUUCUGAGUGCAAUGAACCAACUCCCGAGUCUCUAGGACGUUCCUAAAAAAAUUUGAUUUUUUCCCAUAGGAAUGCAUGGGUUAGGGUUAGGGUUAGGGUUGGAGCUAGGGUUAGGGUUAGGGUUAGGGUUGGAGUUAGGGUUAGUGUUGGAGCUAGGGUUAGGGUUGGGCUUGGAGCUAGGAUUUUUCUGAGUGCAAUGAACCAACUCCCGAGUCCCUUGGACGUCUUAAAAAAAUUUGAUUUUUUCCCAUAGGAAUGCAUGGGUUAGGGUUAGGGUUAGGGUUGGAGCUAGGGUUAGGGUUAGGGUUAGGGUUGGAGUUAGGGUUAGUGUUGGAGCUAGGGUUAGGGUUGGGCUUGGAGCUAGGAUUUUUCUGAGUGCAAUGAACCAACUCCCGAGUCUCUAGGACGUUCCUAAAAAAAUUUGAUUUUUUCCCAUAGGAAUGCAUGGGUUAGGGUUAGGGUUAGGGUUGGAGCUAGGGUUAGGGUUAGGGUUAGGGUUGGAGUUAGGGUUAGUGUUGGAGCUAGGGUUAGGGUUGGGCUUGGAGCUAGGAUUUUUCUGAGUGCAAUGAACCAACUCCCGAGUCUCUAGGACGUUCCUAAAAAAAUUUGAUUUUUUCCCAUAGGAAUGCAUGGGUUAGGGUUAGGGUUAGGGUUGGAGCUAGGGUUAGGGUUAGGGUUAGGGUUGGAGUUAGGGUUAGGGUUGGAGCUAGGGUUAGGGUUGGGCUUGGAGCUAGGAUUUUUCUGAGUGCAAUGAACCAACUCCCGAGUCUCUAGGACGUUCCUAAAAAAAUUUGAUUUUUUCCCAUAGGAAUGCAUGGGUUAGGGUUAGGGUUAGGGUUGGAGCUAGGGUUAGGGUUAGGGUUAGGGUUGGAGUUAGGGUUAGUGUUGGAGCUAGGGUUAGGGUUGGGCUUGGAGCUAGGAUUUUUCUGAGUGCAAUGAACCAACUCCCGAGUCUCUAGGACGUUCCUAAAAAAAUUUGAUUUUUUCCCAUAGGAAUGCAUGGGUUAGGGUUAGGGUUAGGGUUGGAGCUAGGGUUAGGGUUAGGGUUAGGGUUGGAGUUAGGGUUAGUGUUGGAGCUAGGGUUAGGGUUGGGCUUGGAGCUAGGAUUUUUCUGAGUGCAAUGAACCAACUCCCGAGUCCCUAGGACGUUCCUAAAAAAAUUUGAUUUUUUCCCAUAGGAAUGCAUGGUUUAGGGUUAGGGUUAGGGUUGGAGCUAGGGUUAGGGUUAGGGUUAGGGUUGGAGUUAGGGUUAGUGUUGGAGCUAGGGUUAGGGUUGGGCUUGGAGCUAGGAUUUUUCUGAGUGCAAUGAACCAACUCCCGAGUCUCUAGGACGUUCCUUAAAAAAAAUUGAUUUUUUCCCAUAGGAAUGCAUGGGUUAGGGUUAGGGUUAGGGUUGGCGCUAGGGUUAGGGUUAGGGUUAGGGUUGGAAUUAGGGUUAGUGUUGGAGCUAGGGUUAGGGUUGGGCUUGGAGCUAGGAUUUUUCUGAGUGCAAUGAACCAACUCCCGAGUCUCUAGGACGUUCCUAAAAAAAUUUUAAUUUUUCCCAUAGGAAUGCAUGGGUUAGGGUUAGGGUUAGGGUUGGAGCUAGGGUUAGGGUAAGGGUUAGGGUUGGAGUUAGGGUUAGGGUUGGGCUUGGAGCUAGGAUUUUUCUGAGUGCAAUGAACCAACUCCCGAGUCUCUAGGACGUUCCUAAAAAAAAUUGAUUUUUUCCCAUAGGAAUGCAUGGGUUAGGGUUAGGGUUAGGGUUGGAGCUAGGGUUAGGGUUAGGGUUAGGGUUGGAGUUAGGGUUAGUGUUGGAGCUAGGGUUAGGGUUGGGCUUGGAGCUAGGAUUUUUCUGAGUGCAAUGAACCAACUCCCGAGUCUCUAGGACGUUCCUAAAAAAAUUUGAUUUUUUCCCAUAGGAAUGCAUGGGUUAGGGUUAGGGUUAGGGUUGGAGCUAGGGUUAGGGUUAGGGUUAGGGUUGGAGUUAGGGUAAGUGUUGGAGCUAGGGUUAGGGUUGGAGCUAGGGUUAGGGUUAGGGUUAGGGUUAGAGCUAGGGUUAGGGUUAGGGUUGGGGCUAGGGUUAGGGUUAGGGUUAAUGUUAGCUUAGCACUUAGCAUGUUCAUAGCUCAGUGCAAAGACUGGUUUUGGUGUAUGUAGCUUCUUUAAUUACACUGUGCAGGAUGUAUUUGAUGAAAAUGCAUCUACUGAAAUGAUAUAGAACGUAGGAGAUGGAAAGUUAGGGGCACAGCUGAGCUGACAGACGGGUGGGUGCAGUAUGACUUUCAUCAGGAGGCUGAAAUCCCACCUCAGCUCCAGCUCCUUGCCUGUCUCUGAGUUAGCAUUUGGCGCCCUUCAUCCAAACCUUCAAAAGGUCUUUUGUAAGACUAAGGGGUGAUGCCACAGAAACUACAUCCAUGUUUUUCACACUCUAUGGAUUUUAAGCCCUAAUUUAGAUGUCAUCUCUGCAAACUAUAGUCACAUUUUGAGUGGGUGACUGAUUUUAAUUUUUAGCUGAAGUUUUGAAGGUGUAAUUUUUCUUCCUCCCCUGUUGUUUAGCUUCUCCAUUAAAAAACAACAUAAAAACCUUGCCUCACAAUGACUCUGGAGGGUGUGUGUCCCUGCUUCCUUCCACUACAUUUUGACCCUCUAUGUUGUCUUCUGUGGGUUUUAUUUUUCUGUGGUUUUUAACUCACCAAGGUUUUGUUCUCCUCUUAAUACAAAUCUACCCAGCCUCUUUUGCUUAUUUGCUUAUUUUCCCUCCCACUUCUUUUUUUUUUCUACUUUUCCUUGUUACUUUAUUCUCUUUCCUCUUUUUUUCUCCCUCCACAUCCUCUGACUUCAAUUCCCUUUUUAAAAAGUUGCUCAGUGUCUCCCAGCCUUUCUUCCCACCUGGACCCAUCUGGAUCUUUUCCAUCAUUGUCGUUUUUCUCACCCCUCCUCUCUCCUCUGACUGUCUAAACCCUCAAACAUCACCUCCAUAUCACACUUCCUCCUCACCCUUUUCUGUCUCCUUAUUUUUAGCCCACUACCCUAUCUUUGCCAGAUCUCAUAUCACCAUCUCUUGCCACUUACCCUUCUCUUAGCCACAUUUUUUUCUCACAUUCUCCCCCUGCUCAUGCUCUACCAGUAAUUCAGUUUGUAUCCCGUUUUUUUGUCUUUCCACGCCCCUUCUCCCCAUCCAAAACCAGCCUGUCCCACAGUUUUUGCUCCAUACGGUUUUUAAGCAUGAAAGUGUGAGGAAAACUCAAGAAAUCUGCACACAUACCAAAAUACUUUGACCCAGCUGCAUAUUCUCAUUUUCUCUGUAUUAUUGUUUGAUCUCCCUUUGCUGCCUUAUUGCAUUCCUGCUGCUAAACUAAAUCCAAACCUUUCUCUUGUGAGCUUUAUCUACUGUUUGUUGCACUAACACUCGCAUUUUGUGCUCCUGUCUUUUAAAAUUUUCUCUCCUUGCUCUUUCUGUUUCAGUCAUCUAUGCCUGGCCUGUAGUGGGCAGAUGUAUAUUAUCAGAUAGAAGAAAACAUUUUGCUCUUUUUCCUCACAAAAUACAGAAAAAAAAGAAAAGAAAACAAGAAAACUCCCUGUCUUCUCUACAUUGCUAUUUAUUGGUUCUCGGUGCAUUUUGUACCCCCCUGUCAGUUUGCAGAAUCCAUUUGUUCCUCCUUUACUUGAAUCUCCAUUCAUCCUCCCUUGUAACCCUUUCUCACAGCGUUGCCUCAGCUGAGAAUAAAAUUGAAAAAUAAUCAAAAUCCUGUAAGGGUGAGGGUCAGGCUCAGACACAAAUACUCUCUCUCUCACACACACACAAAAACAUACCAACAAAAACUGUGAUGAGAAGAGCUCAGGCAAGUCCGGGUCCACUUAACAAGACAAUGCUGUCAUCUGCUGGAGAUUUUUGGAAACACAACACCUUCCAGAGGUAGUCGACCUGGAAAACAUGUCAGUAUGUCAUCACAGUGGCGUUAAUAAUGGGAAUAAUGAGGGCUUGGGCUGCCUCGGUUUUAAAGUUCUGUUAUAGUUCAUCCUGACACACUAUUAGAUACACUUUCUAAUGCAGAAACACUUCAAGACAAUGGAGUCAAAGAUGCUCUUUAAAGUGUUACAAACCCCUCUCUAUUAAAGGGAGUCUGUUUUGCUGACCCAUACUAUGAUAAUGUUAAGGUGUAACCAAAAUCUGGGGCUGUCCAGUUUACAAAAACCAACCACAAACUAUAAGUAACAAAAUUAAGUUAACGAAAGCUAUCUGGGGGUGGCACAGUGGUGUAGUGGUUAGCACUGUCGCCUCACAGUAAGAAGGUCCUGGGUUUGAAUCUGGGUCAGAGUGUUUCUGUGUGGAGUUUGCAUGUUCUCCCUGUGUCUGCUUGGGUUUGCUCCAGUUUCCUCCCACAUCCCAAAAACAUGUAGAAGUGGGGUUAGGUUAAUUGGCCACUUUCAAAUUGCCUGUAGGUGUGAAUGUGAGUGUGGAUGGUUGUUUGUUUCUGUAUGUCAGCCCUGCGAUGAACUGGCGACUUGUCCUGGGUGUCCCCUGCCCUCCCCCCGAAGAUGCUGGGAGAGGCUCCAGCCUUAAAUGAGAAGAAGCGGUAGAAAAUAGAUGGAUGGAUGGGCAGCUAUCUGCUAAUAAUGCUCAGCUAGCAGCAAGUCUUGGAUAUUUUCUGUUACAUGAAAGUAACACCCACAAGCUGCAUGUCACUUAAUACCUCUGGAAAAGCAGCCAAAACUACUUCAUGGAGUUGGCUUACAUGGUAAAAAUAAACAAGACGGGUUUUUUUUAGCUGCAAAUCAAAUUACUUUAAAUUGCCACUCAUGUUGGUGUUUGGUUCAGCAUAGAGGUAAAGGUUUAAAAGGUAAAGAAUGACCAUCUCAUUUAAAAAAAUAAAGAUGAUUUAUAAGGAAUUUAAGAUAGUUUUGGUUCGCAAUUGUACCUCUAUUUUAGUCUGUCUGACUCGUUUAGACAGCUUAUAAAAACUAAAAACUAAAAACUAAAAGGCUUCAAUGACUCAGAAGUUUUAUUGCAUGUUGAUGUAGGCCUAGUUGGUUUAAUGAAUCAUAGGUGGAGCUUGAAGCUGUUUCAUAUGGGUUUGAAAAGUUCUCACGGAGAAAGUUUCACCUUUCUGGUAAAGCUAAACCUCAUUUCCUUUAGAGGAAGCAGCAUGUUCUCAAAAAGACCCCAGAGGACAAGCAGACACUCUGAACCAACAUUCAUGACACAUUUAUGAGAACGUCCACAGAAAGUGUGUAUGCAUGUUUGCAGGUUAGGUAUUAAGUAACCUGCUACCUGCUCGGGACCAGACAAGGUAUGUCUCCAAUCAGCUGAAGGGUGAAACUGUUUAUUUGUUUUUCAUUGUAGAUGUUUAAGGUGGAAAUUGAGAACUGAGGUAUAAUCAAUAUUAAGCUUUUGUUAUUCAAUGGCUGGCAUCUCUUCCUUGUGUGUUUUUGUGCUUAAAUUUAGAAGCUGUUUGUCCUUUGUAGCUGCAGAGAUGAAGGGUCUUAUCCACAUUUUAGCUCCACUGUUGCUGCUUUUCUGGGUGCCACCCCUGUGCUCCAAGAAAGUGAGUUUAAUCUAACACAUCUACUUUUUAAACUUGACAAAUUGUGUCAUAAUCCUGAAUUUGCUACUGAUGUGCUUUUCCUUUUCCAUUAUGGCACACAAGGUGCUGAUAUUUAUUUUUUAUUCCUCCACCAUUGUCAGCUCUAAAACAAAGAUUAUUUUUCAUUUCAAUGCUGUGAUGAUCGGGUCAAUGAAUUUAAAGGCACAGUUUGUCAAAAUGGGAAAAGUUAGCAAUAUCUAGUUGUCAAACUCUGUGCUAAAAUGCUCCUUUGCUUACCCCUCUUGUUGGUGAAAAAAUCCACUAUAGGUUUAAUUAAAUCUGUAUAAUGGGAGUUAGGUGACAACGGCACAGAGGGAAAAGCACAAGAAUGGUACAGACAUGUUUUAAUCUGUCAAAAUCCAGACCAGACAACCAAAUAGUGAUUUUAAGUAUUUAUCGGUAGCAACUGUAUUUACAGAGAGUGGAUUUUUCUUCUCCUUCCCCACCAGAUCAGUUACAUCAUCAGCCAGCAAGAAAACGACCACGCCAUCCCUUUGGACAUGGUUAAAGACUCCGUGGAUGACAUGUACUCAGACUGCAAACCACAGAUGAUGCAAAAUGUCAAACACAAGUACUUCGACAGAGAGAAUAGAGGAGUAUUUCAAAAAGUCUGGAAAAAAGCAGAAACGUGUGCAAUGAAGAAAACAAAACAGAAGGACAAAGAAGAUGCAGCUCUGACCAAGGAUCAUUUGAAGGCGAUUUGUGUUUACACUUCUAGUCAUCCAAAAUUCUAUGAGCUGUUCAACGCUGCAGUCCGAACUAACAGAACAGAGUAUGUCACCACUUUCCCGUUUCACUCCAUGCAUUUCUGGCUCACGUCAGCGAUUCAGAUCCUCAACAACAAUAAAAAGUGCUUCACUGUUUACCGCAGAAGCAAUCUGAUGUUCACCGGCAAAGUCAAUCAAUUGAUUCGGUUUGGUUUCUUCACCUCCACCUCGAAGAGAACAGAUCUAUAUCAUUUUGGUGUCAAGACCUGUUUUGAAAUUCAGACCUGCCAUGGUGCCUAUCUGAAAAAAUAUCCGUGCUUGGGGGACAGAGAGGAAGAGGUGCUUAUCCCACCUUAUGAAAUGUUCAAGAUAGCAAAGAAAAAGUCAAGAAAGCUGACCAGAUGUAAAGUUAUAUAUGUCUUGGAGAGUAUAGGAUUUUACAGCAAUCUUAACUGCAAAGCUGCAAAAAUUGAUUAUUGA